AUGGCGCCAAAGAAAGCUGUAGGCGGCAAUGUUCCGACGCUCAAUACUCCCCGCAAUCAGUCACAGUCUUCAAAGAGACAGGAUCAAGUGCAAGAUUUCAAGUCUCUCCAGCUUGAGCAAGAGUUCAAGAGCAAGCACCUUGGUGUAUUGGGUGUAUUAGUAUGGAUAUUGUUUCUCCACCUCGCCGGUAUCUACUUCUUUACCAAGGGCUUCCUUCUCACACGUAUGGUUCUGGACAAUAAGUCAUCAUGUGAACUACUUCCUUUCGACAGCUCGACUGCAAUUGCGGGAAAUAAAGACAAGGGUUGCUGGCAUGAUAAAUCUUUCGACAAAGCUAUUGUCAUCAUCAUUGAUGCGCUCCGAUACGACUUUACCGUUCCAUUUGUUCCUAAGGAUGAAACCGAAGCCGCUCAUCACUUCUACGACAAUAUCCCAGUUCUGUACGAAACUGCCGUCAAAAGUCCUGCCAAUGCAUUCUUGCUGCCAUUCAUUGCCGAUCCUCCGACUACGACCCUACAACGAUUAAAGGGCCUGACCACAGGUACUCUACCUACCUUCAUUGAUGCCGGCUCCAACUUCGCCGGAACAGCUAUUGAUGAGGAUAACUUGGUUGCACAGCUGCACAGCGCUGGGAAGACUCUGGUUCAACUGGGUGAUGAUACCUGGCAAUCAUUGUUCCCUGGGUACUUUGAUGAGAACCUUACUCACCCUUAUGACUCGUUCAAUGUCUGGGAUUUGCAUACUGUUGACAACGGUGUCAAUGAGCACUUAUUCCCUUUGCUUCAGUCUGAAAAUCGCAACAAAUGGGAUGUCAUUUUUGGCCAUUACCUCGGUGUCGACCAUGCUGGCCAUCGGUAUGGUCCUGAUCAUGCUGCCAUGGCUGGAAAGCUACAGGAGAUGGACCGAGUAAUCCGCGAUAUCAUUGCUGCCCUGGAUGACAAGACCCUUCUUGUGGUCAUGGGUGACCAUGGGAUGGAUACAAAGGGUGAUCAUGGUGGCGAGUCAGAUGACGAAGUCGAAGCUGCUUUGUGGAUGUACUCUAAGCGUGGAAUCUUCGGACGUAUCAGUAAGGAGACUCUGCUUCCACCUAAGCAUGCUCGCGAGCGUCCCGUUCCUCAGAUUGACCUUGUUCCCACCUUGUCUCUGCUUCUUGGAAUGCCAAUCCCAUUUAAUAAUUUGGGAUCUCCAAUCGAAGAAGCAUUCGCUGGACCUAAGGGUAAUGACUGGGUCAACUUGGCCACAGUCAAUCAAUUGACUGCUGCGCAAAUCAAAAGAUAUCAGCAUGAGUAUGCGACCGCUCGGGGUGCAGGAGAUGACGAAGAGUCGUUUAAUCUUUGGUCCGCUGCUGAGGAAGAAUGGAAGUCUGCGUCAAAGGGCUUCACCUCCAAGUCAACUGCCGUCCGCGCUUCCUAUGAUCUUUACCGCAAGUAUCAGCGACACACGCUGGAUAUCUGCCGUGGACUCUGGGCUCGAUUUGAUGUUGCCAGCAUGGUUCAAGGUGUGCUGCUGCUCUUCGGUGGUAUCAUAUUCAUCGUGCUGUACGCUCGGAGCAUGAGGGCGGAUCGCACUGAAUUCACCGGCCGACUUCUGUCACUUGCUGCCGUUGGAUCUGGCUUGGGUGCUGCUGCUGGUACCAGUUUGGCUCUGUUUGGACUCGUGGAUAUGACUAUCAUUGACUCUGCUGUUCUGUUGGCCGCUGGUGGAAGCAUGCUUGGUGGAUUAUCUGCUCUGGUUGGAAAGUCAGCACAGUUGACUCUGCCUCUGCCUUCUGGUCUGUGGGGGUGGCUUGCCUUCUUCUUUACUGUUUCUCAGUCUCUCGGUUUCGCGUCAAACUCCUACACUAUCUGGGAGGAUGAGAUUCUGCUUUUCUUCCUCACGACCUUUGGCGUGUGCGCUGGUAUCUCGUCUAUGCGCCAGAAGUUAAACACCGACCGUAUCCUUGGAGUGUAUCACUCUGUUCUCUUCGUCAUUCUAGGUCGCGUAGCGUCAAUUUCUCGUCUUUGCCGUGAGGAGCAGAUGCCCUUCUGCCGCUCAACAUACUAUGCCUCCUCGACUUCCUCCAUCUCUGCACCUUGGCAAUUGGCUAUUCCAUUUGUGGUCAUGCUCUUUCUUCCAAGCGUCGUGCGGUCCUUCUAUGUGGGCUCUAAGUCUUACGAAGAUAAUGCGACUCUGUGGAUUGGAUUUGCUUUCCGUCUGGGUCUGCUGAUCACUUCGGUAUUCUGGGUACUGGAAGGUGCUGACGACGGCGGAUGGCUGCCUCUCAGCAAAGAAACACUCAAGACUGGCCGAGUAUUCCUGGCCCAAGUUGUCCUUUCUCUCGCGUUCGUGGCAGGUACCUCAGCAUUCAUCUACUCAAAACCUUGUGUCAGCAUCAGCGUAAGCAAGCCACAAGAUGACCCGAAUGCUCCCCCAGCUCCUAUCAUUGCUGGUCAGGAACAGAAGCCCCGAACCACCGUGACUAUUCUCGGAUUUGGAAAUGUCUACGGUACACGUUUCUUCUUCCUGGUUAUUAACUUCGCUCUCGCCAUUAUCCUAAUGUCCAAGCCCAUGGGACAGGGGGCUAUCGCCCUUCUGCUCUGGCAAAUUCUUUCUCUCCUUGAAAUUCUCGACACAAAUGCCCUCACUCUCACUAAUUCCGCCAUCGGUCCCGUCAUUCUCGGCGUCCUGGGAUCCUUCUACUUUUUCAAAACCGGCCACCAAGCCACACUCAGCAGCAUCCAGUGGGAAUCCGCAUUCAUUCCUCUUUCCACAAUCCAAUACCCCUGGUCUCCCCUGCUCGUAAUCCUCAAUACCUUCGGCGCCCAGAUUCUCGCCGCUCUCGCCGUCCCCCUUACAGUUCUCUGGAAACGACCUCUCCAAACACACGACCGUGUCUCCACCUCACCAUCUAGUACUAAGCCUGCGAACCCAGCUACAAAGCUGCUCUCUGAUGUCAUCCAGGCCGCCAGUACUCACAUCCUUUACUUAGCGACUAUCAAUCUGGCCACUACCAUGUGGGCCGGUCAUCUACGCCGCCACCUAAUGCUUUACCGCAUUUUCUGCCCCCGUUUCAUGAUGGGCGCUAUUGUGCUAGGUGUGAUCGACGUGAUCCUUGUACUCUUUGCUGUACCUGGAAUCCGUUUUAGCACUGUUAGCGUUGGUGAUGUGUUUGGCUGGUAA